AUGACGGGUCAUAGCCCUUCAGACGAGGAGAACUUCCCUCUUCUUGUCGAACAGAGCCAGAGCCAGAGCCACGCGGGCGGGACGGGCCGGGGACUGGCCGCACGCUGGUCUCGAUUUCGUCAACCAUCGCCAAUAUGGAUCGUGAGUAUUUACCAGAUCUAUGCCCUCGCUUCUGGCACCUUCGCUGUGCCCGAACUCAAUGCCACGCUCGCGUUGAUCUGCCACCAACAAUAUCCCACCACAACGCUUUCCCCCAGCCAUCCAGACUACCAACCGCCUGAUUUAUUUGAGGAGCUUAACCAGUGCCUUGGAAAUAAGGAUGCGCAAUCAUCUUUAUCCCGAUUUCUGAUCUUUGGACAAAUAACAGCCGGUCUUCUGGGUGCUAUUGCGACUCCAGUCUUGAGCUCGUUGUCGGAUCGGAUCGGGCGCCGGCCCAUUCUCGCCUGCACUGCCCUUGGGCCGCUGUUUUAUGAGGCGCUUCUAUUAUUCAUUCUACGUUAUCCCGACUCGGUGGAUAUGCACUGGCUUCUCGUAGGGUACGCGAUGGAAGGGUUUAGUGGGACGAUCAUUACCGCCAUGUCCACAUCGCAGGCCUACAUUACCGACGUAGCGCCCCGUAGCGACCGGGCGAGGCUCUUCAGCUACAUGCAAGCAGGCAAUUCAUUUGCUCUGGCCGUGGGACCGAUCAUUGCCGGUGUGCUCCUGGCGACCUCCAAUCCACUUCAACGCACAUAUACGUUCGCUGUCUGCGCCCAUUCGGUUCUCUUUCUGCUCUUUUUCUGUGUACUGCCUGAAUCGCGCCUGCCGCAAUCUCCAAAUCUUGCCGAACAGGAAGCUUCAAGUGCAGUCCGGCGUCCGAAAAUAAACCACCUCCGUACGGUGUUACUUUCCUUGCGAGAUAUUCGGGCGUCGAGCGCAACGCGCCAAAUGAAUAUGUUUAUUAUGGCUAUAGCAGACAUGGUCAUGUUUGGAGUCAUUUUUGGCCUCCCCUCACUGCAGCUAGCGUACCCAGCAUUCCUGUUCCAAUGGAAGCCGACCGUGCAAAGUUUUGUCAUGGCACUCUUCCAGUCAUGGAGCAUCGUGGUACUGGUAAUUAUCUUUCCAGCGAUCAUGGCCGCUGUACGCCGGUAUGCAAGGUCAAGCAGUCAUUCGACUACGCUCCCCACCAUAUUCAACUAUGGCGAGGUAGGCGCUAUCAAAGCAGGUUUAUUGCUGCAGUGUCUAGGCUACAUCGGUAUCUCUCUUGCCCGUCAGCCCGGGUUUUUCAUCCUCUUCUCGCUGGUUGUCGCAUCGGCUGCCCCCUUGGGCCCUCUCUUAAUGUCUUGCCUUACAGCCCAUGUGCCUAGUCACCAAUCAGGGCAAUUACUAGGCAUUCUGAGUUUCUUGCAUGCCAUCGCACGGGUAAUUAUGCCUGCUCUGUUGAAUGCCACCUAUAGUAUGACUGUAGGAGUUUCUCCAGCACCUUUGUUUCUACUAUUGGCAGUCAUCAAUGGGGGUUUGCUGUUGGCUAGCAUGCAAAUCAAGACGAAUGUUAUAUGA